GUUACGAGAAUCAAAAGUCGACGAAGAAGUUUGUCAAUUUUUAUGGAAAUUUCGCCCCUUUUUCGGUCCAUAACUUAAGGCACACUCAGAUUUACAUUUUCACGAAGGAGCCUCUCUGUCUACAGCAUGAGUGGAAAGGGCCGAUCUCCCCACAAGAAGAAAUACCGGCGUACGAAGAGGACCUACAAACACCCCAACCCCCUCUUCGAAAAGUGGCUGAAGGAGUGGCAGGACGAGGCCGAACGGAGACACUCUAACAUGAAGUACAAUUUCCAAAGGGCAAGGAAGUCCUUAAAACUAUUCCCACUUCCUCUGUAUAGUGGGAAAGACUGCAAGGUUCUAGCUCACUUUGGUGAUAAGAUCUGCCAGUUGAUUGACCAGCGUCUGGAAGAAUACCAACAAGAAAAUGGACCCGUUAAUUGGGACGAAGUUCACCAGGUACAAGAAGAGCCUCAGGUUAAGAAAAGAGGUAGACCUAGAAAGAACUCCUCCAAUGGUAAUCUGAACCACAGUACUGAAACAGACUAUAGACCAUCAGGGGCCUCUGCUAGCUUUGAGGUUCAGCAGAAAAAGGGGAAAAGUCCCGGUGGAAAAAGAGGACGAGCAUAUGUGCCUGCGCCAAGAUCUGGGGCUUAUGGUCUCCUCAUGGCUCUUUACAAUGCCUCCUUGGGAGAUGAUUAUCCAGGUUAUAUGGGAAGGAAGGAAUUGAUAGAAGCUGCCACACCUCUGUGCGAUGUCUCUUUCACCCACUCGGCUGAAGGAUCACAUUACACUGCUUGGUCCUCCAUGAGCACCUUGGUCAAGAAGGAGCUAGUGCGUAAAGAGGGUAAUCCAGGAAGAUACAUGCUAACAUCAGAAGGAAAAGCAUUAGGAGCCAAGAUCUCACAAGUAGAAGAUGGUUGUGUCAUUAGCUCUCCAAGGAAAAGUCCCCAGGCCACGCACUCAAGUGAAGAAGUCAUAGUUUUAUCAUCUAGGAGUUGUAGUCCUAUCAACCAGGAAGAGGACUUCACCAGCCAUACUUUUCAGAGUUUCAAAGGAGUAUGUGAUAGUGUGAACACAGAACAUAGUGGGAAGGUCAGUACAGAUCCUGAGGCAGAAUUGACAGUUCCUGUUAAGAGGAAAGGGCCCGAGAUUGAAAGCAAGAGAGCCAAAAAAGUCAGUAGGAGUGUGAUGUCACCUGUGAAGAACACAUUAAUUGAAGAUGGUCAUUUAAGUUCUCCAGGAAACUUUGUAUUUAGCUACAUUACAAGUUUGGAAGUGGAAACACCAAUGCGUGACCGUGCGGUUGUCAGUGUUGAGGAAGAUGGCUUUCUUGGCUAUUUGGUAAAAUGUCGUCAGUCUGCACUCUCAGCCUCUGGUCUUGUUUAUCGGCUGGAUGAUUACAGAACAGCUCCUCCUGGAUAUGUUUAUGCUUAUUUAUCCAAUGAGUGCGCUCCCACCAUGUGCCCAGGUCUUCUCUCCCCAACACGUCCCAAGUCUGCAACAAAUAUUUCUCAACCCACAGUGCCAGUUGCAAAAGUGCCUUUUGGCACCCAUUUCUCAGAAAACACAGAAAAGAAAUCUUCAGCGGUAAAGAAGCAAACUGUUGAUACAACAGGAACAACUUUUAGUAAGGCGCUGAAUCAAGUACAUACAGUACUUCAGUCAGAGAAACAGAGUGCAAUAGAUUCAUAUAUGACCAAGACUAAAACAAUGCAAGUAGCUAGAGACCCUCUGUAUUCUCUCUGUCCUGGCCAGUUUGACAUUGUCUUGUGCGUUGACAAUUGUGAAAUUACAGGCGGGUUUACAGGUGGUAAAAGCAGCACCAGAGAAAUCAUAAUCACAGAGCUAGACAAACAUGGAAUCAAGUAUGAUGUACGAAAGCUUCAUGUAGGAGAUUUCCUAUGGGUGUGCCAGGAGCGUGUGCCGUUAAGUGGAGAGCAGCGAAGAGAACUUGUCCUGCCAUACAUUGUUGAACGUAAGAGGAUGGACGACCUUGCUUCGAGUAUCAGAGAUGGUAGAUUCCGGGAACAAAAAUUUCGCCUUAAGCAAAGUGGUCUCUCCAAACCAAUUUAUCUGGUUGAAGAAUAUGGCAGCAAGCACAUGAGCUUACCUGAAACCACAUGCCUGCAGGCUGUGGUCAACACACAUGUAGUUGAUGAAUUUACCGUGAAGAUCACAAAGGAUCAACGCGAAUCAGCUGCCUAUCUAACAAUCAUGACACGGUGCCUCCAGAGCAUGUAUCAGGGUAAGCUCUUAAAUGCAAUGAGCAGAGAGCAUUUGAAAGAAGGUUUAGAAAAUCCCAUGACGCAAGAGGAAAUUGAAACGUCGUUGAUGACCUUCAGUGAAUUCAAUUCCUCGUCCGUCAAGAACCGGCAACUUGAAGUGAGGGAAAUGUUUGCCAAACAUCUUCUCCAGAUUCAUGGUGUUAGUGUUGAUAAGGCUCGAGCAGUUGUGGACAAGUUUGGUACACCAAGACAACUGAUGGAGGCAUAUAAGAAUGUUACAAGCUCAGAGGUUGGGGAAAAUAUGUUGGCAAACCUAAAAUGUGGAAAAGCAGGUCGUAACCUUGGAACUGUCUUAAGUGCAACCAUUUACAGGAUGUACAGUAACAAAAUAUUAUGCUAAAGUUGUAGGCAGUACCUGUUUUUCUUUUUAUAGGCAUUGAAUACUUUUAUCUGUGAUAUACCGGAUGUAUGUUGAAGAUUGUACAUUGUGCUUUGAUAAAUAGUUUAAAGUUGCAAUAUUUAGAGGGAGAAAUAUAUUUAUGUAAAAUAACUAAUAUGAAAUAUACAUUUUA